GGAUAGAAGAACCAGUAUCCCUAUUUCGAACCCUGUACGCGUUCCGAUGCAGAGGGCGCAAUAUUUUCCAACAGGAAUUUUGAUUACUCGAUGGUCACUGCGUCCUCGUAUUAAUGCUACCAGCUGCCAAUGCCACAAUCAAUCAGGCUAAUUGAAACAAGGGUCUACUCAAUCUCACCUGGGACGGCUAUGUAUUAACAACACUGUUCAGUAGCACAAUGAAUCUCGAACUAAUAAAACACCCUCUUUCAUAGCAAGGCAUUGAUUGGCGCAGGCAGUACCGGGUCAUUAUGAUUUGCAAUAGGGCAAGAUUGAUUGUGGUAGGCACUCUGGCAUUGACUUUACUAUGGUUGUCGUCGUCUUCGCUACUGAGGCUCUAUUACCUCCUUCGGCUACCGUUUGUAUGGAAAGCAUCCUCGGCAGACGCGAUCAUAUCCCAGCAACACGAUGACUUUGACGUCACAUUCGCUGACUACGACGCAAACUACUCCACAUAUGCCACAGGCAUACGACCAUACAUACCUAGAAGGAUACAUCAUAUCCAUCUCGGAUCGAGCUCACCGCCGAAGAAUUGGCUGGAUGCCAGAGCCGAAUGUCUCAAACAUCAUGAAUUCUGGGAGGCACAUCUUUGGACGGACGAAAAUGCAGACAGCUUCGUUCGAGACAAUUAUCCCCAUCUCUAUGAAAUGUGGACCCGCUACCCAUUCAAUGUACAACGCGUGGAUGCAUUGCGCUACAUGAUAUUGCAGAAGUACGGAGGUAUAGUCUCGAUGCCCCUUCUUGUGGCACCAGCGAUCAAAUUGUUCACCAUGACUAUUCAUAGGUGCCAUCCUUGACUUCGACCUAGCGUGCAAGCGAUCGCUGGAGCCGUUGCGUCGAUUUGAGUUCGUAGCUCCGGCUGCGCAUCCUGCUGGGUUCUCAAUCGGCAUGAUGCUCGCAGC